AUGCCUGCCUCAUUUACCGAUAGUUUUUGGAGUUUUGAUUUCAAAUCAGGUAUUAAAUCUUUAUUUGAUGGAUUAUAUCAAAAUUGUUACCAAAAUGAAGUUUAUAUUCAGUAUUUUGCAAGUAAAAUGGAAGUAGAGGUUAUAUAUGGUAAAAAAAUGAUAUCUAAUGCCAAUUCAAAAUUACCGUACGAGUCAAUCGGUACUACUGGCGAUUCAACUAUUUUACAACUUAAUGAAUUAAUGAAGAAGCACGGGGAGGAAAGACUCAAAUUAGCUUCAAAUAUUGAAAGUAAUGUUUUACAACUUUUUACUAAAUGGUGUAUGGAACACAAAAAAAGGCUAGAAUAUAGUGAAAAAUUGUUGUUGGAUAAUAUUGAAAACUUUGAAGUUUUUAGUUUGGUUGUUAAAAAUAAAUUUGAGGUGAAAUAUUUAAAUAAAUGUAGAGCGCUAGAAGAUUUUAAGAGAGAAGCUUUUCCGUCAUCCUAUUCCAUUAACAAAACUCUCUAUCAUAAUAAAGCAAUUACUGAGGAGAAAGGCGAAGGAAAAGAAGAAGAAGAAGAAGAAGAGGAGGAAGAAGAAGAAGAAGAAGAAGAAGAAGAAGAAGAAGAAGAAGCAUCCAUUCAAAAUGCGAAUGAACGUGAAGAUUAUUAUGACGAUUCUUUGACCUUAGCCCUAAAAAAAAUAAAACUAUGGGAGUACUAUCAGGAUUUUAUAGCUCACGAAAGGGAGCACGACCAGUUUGCAUCAUUGUGCUCCAACACCAUUGAUGUAGAUUAUAAAACCAUGAGAGCGAUAAUUAAAUCUUUAUUAAUAGACAUGCCCAAACACGAAUAUAAAGUUCCGUUGAUAAAAUACACAAUAUCAAAUACAAACAACGGGUACGAAAUUGUUAGGUUUUUAAUACAGAAAUUGGCAUUAAAGGAUACUGAUCAAGCAGAAUUGAUUGGCCAAGAUUUAAUGGAUUUAGGUUUCAUAAAAAUUUGUAAUGGUGUUAUGGGAUCCUCUUUUAUAAAUUCCAAGCAAUUUCAAUACCAAUGGAAAAAUCAUGCUUUUGAAUUUGCCUUUGUUGACCCCGAGACUAUCACUCCAAUUCCUACUGACCUAGAUAACGACAUUAGAAAUGUUAGUGAAAAGCCUGAUAAACCCAAACCAUUGAAUGAAAAUGAAGUAAAAUUGAAGCAACUAAUUGAGGAAAUGGAAGAUGCAGAUAAAAAAUAUAGAGCGGAGGUGUUCAAAGCUGAUAAUUUGCGUUGUUCUUUGGAAGAGUUGAUGUUUGAUCAUUUGUCUUUUAUGGAAAAAUGUGAACGAGACAGAAUAAAUGCAAUUAAAAGGGCCACCGAAGAUUUAAUAAACUGUUAUAAAAUGAGUCAGACAAAUAUGUCUAUUAUCGGUACUGACACCAACGCCUGUGAUUGUCCAGAUAUAUUAUGUUUGGAAAAUAUUGCUGCUAAUAGUAUUUGUGCGAUCAAGAGUGGCACUUCUACUAAUGACACCGUUAGCGGUAUUAGUGCAUCCCCAAUUUCAAAUGUGAAUAUGGAUCCUAGUUAUGAUUUGAGUAGAUUUAUUAAAAGGUACAAGACAGGGGCAUUUCAACCAAAACCAUUGAUAUAUAACAAUUAUUAUAAUCCAGGUGCAUACCAAAUAUUUGGUGUUGAUUUGGAUACCAGGUGUAGACUAGAUAAAAGUAAAGUUCCGUUGCUAAUAUCAAAUAUUUUGCAAUAUAUGGAUAAUAUUAUUUAUCCAGAAUUGGAAAAUGAUGAAAUUAGAUGCAACGUCUGGAUUAAACCAGUUAAGUUGAAUUUAACACAUGAACUUCGUAGUGAAUUAAAUGACAAUGAAACCGCAUAUGCCAAUGGCUACAAAAACAGCAAUAAUAAUAAUAAUAAUAAUAAUAAUAAUAAUAAUAAUAAUAGUACGAAAAAAAAGAAAAUGCAAGAAAUAUUUAAAAACUACACGGACCCUAGUGUCAUUGCAUCUGUUUUAAAAAUUUUCUUAUUAGAAUUACCCAAUCCGUUGAUACCCGCAGAAUUAUAUCAAUUUUUAAAGGCGAUUUAUGAUACUACUUACAGUAAAGAAGAAGAUCAAGAUAGAUUGGCUUCUGUCGUCAAAAUACUAACUUCUUUAUCUAAAGUCAAUAUAGCCUUGUUGGAUGCCUUAACUACACAUUUUGUUCGUUUGAUUACGAUCAUGCAAAUGACUAAAAAAGAAGCAAACCAAUAUAUUGAAUCGUCAAGUGAAUUAGUUUCUAAAUUUAUUGAACGUAUUAGUCAAGAAUUCGCAAACUGUAUAAUACAAGUGAAUUUAAUCGAUAACGGGAUUGAUCUGGGUUAUAAGUUAUUCCGCGAUCUAUUGCUUCAUAAAAAAGUGAUUUUCAAACAAUUAAAGGAUUCUAAAAAAUAA